CAGGGCAGAGAAGGGUGUCUUCCCCGCUCGGCCUUUCGGGUGCCAUUGCGAGUCAGAGGAGGAGCAGAGAUGAGUAAACACCAGCAUGAACCUCCUUAUGAAAUUGAGAACCAGUUUAUAUGGCGUCUGCCUCCGGAACAUGCUGCUACUGUCAGAGAAAUUAUACGAUCCGGAAGUGUCGCCAUGAAAGAUAAACUAAAAAUUGACUUGUCUUCUGAUGGACGUCAUGCAGCUGUUGAGGUGAAAGAUGUCUCACUAACUGCUAAGGUGGUUGACUUGCCUUGCGUUAUUGGAAGUCUGAAGACUCUUGACAAUAAAAUGUUUUAUAAAACAGCAGAUAUUUCCCAGAUGCUUGUGUGCACUGCUGAUGGUGGUCUCCACUCUUCUCCGGAAGAAGCAGUUACCUCUACUGAUCUUAAAGUAAUCAAGAAAAAGGAAAAGGGGAGACGGAAAAAAUAUGCCUGGAAGCAUGGCAUUACUCCACCACUUAAGAAUGUCAGAAAGAAAAGGUUCCGCAAAACAAGAAGAAAGUGCUCCGACUCUCCUGAUUCAGAAAAGGAAGUGAAAAGACUGCUGUGCUCUGAUGCUGAAGCUGUCAGUGUCCGAUGGGAAGUAAUUGCUGAAGGUGAAACCAAGGAAAUCGAAAGUAAAGGCUCUGUUCCAAGCUUUGAGAUGUCCCCAGGAACAAGUGGCUAUAAGCGGGGUGAUAGCUCACCAGAAUAUCAUAUGCUUCGGAGGAUACUCAAUGAUUCUAGCAAUAGCAGUGAUGAGGAGGAGGAAAAGGAUAAGUACCAGGACGAGGACGAGGACGAGGACGAGGAGGAGGAGGAGGAGGAAGAGGAGUAUUAUGAAGAGAAUAUGCAAAGGGAGCUACAGGCCAAGUUAAUUGAAUUUGGCCAGUGUAAGACAAAGGAAGGAAUCAGUUUAAUAGUCGUAGAAAUUCGGAAGCAUAUUCAUUACAUGGAGAAAAAGAUCCAAGAGAUUCAGUGCAGAGCACAAAGACAAAAGAAUCUCAUCAAGAAAGUGGAAAACCUGACACUGAAGAAUCAUUUAUACUCUGUGCUGGAGCAGCUUGAGUUACAGAAAAAACAAAAAAAUGAGCAGAUAAUUUCCCUACAGGAAAAACUGAAAUUUUUUCUGGAGAAGUGAGGAGAGCCUUCAGCCUUGCACAUCCAGAUUGAAGACUGCAUGAAACUGUGCAUGUUUCUGUUUGUUUCAUUGUUUUAUGUUGAAUCAUUUGUAUUUGUUUCUCUGUGCCACUUUUUGCUAACUAUAUUUGAAGUUUUUAGUAGUGUAGAAAGGGACAAAUUAUAAAAAAGUAGUAGACCUAAGGACCCAACUCAACUAUGGGACUUUGCUUCUCUUUAUGAAUUUGAGAAUUAUUUAUAUUGCUCUGUUCCAUGGUGCCAUCAGAUGAUUCAGUCAUGCUUGCCAAAGGCAGUCUAACCUUGAAGGCUAUGCAGCUGGUUUGCAUAUGUUUUAGCCUUUUCUUCUGUUUGCUUUAUGUAUUUUCUAAAACAUUGAAUAAAUUGAGUCAUUUCUACCAAGGGCUAGGAAUGGCUACAGUGAAU